GCAAUCUAUCCAGGCAAUAUGCUGCACUUCAAGGGCAUGCUGGAGCAGAUCAGGCCUCAAAACUUUGACAUUGAGUACAGAAGCGCAAAUCCGUUCGAAUUCUUUGGGAAUGAGUCGACGGAGCUGGAUCUCGAGGAAGAUGGAGAUUUGGGUUGGUAUUUG